AUGAAUCAACUCUUUCUCUAUAUAAACACACAUUUGCACCUCAUAUUUCCUCCCCCUCUUCUUCCUCUCUCUCUUCCUUCAAUACAAUACCUUACCAAUUCUCUUCAAACCUUUGCUUCUUUCAUACACUUCAUCAAUUAUUCAUUUUCUCCCUUUUGGAUUUUUUUUAUCGAAAUGGCGUACGAGGAUCGAUUCGGACAACAAGCUCAGAGACCAAAAUAUGAUUGUCUUCUUUUUGAUUUAGAUGAUACUUUAUAUCCUCUUAGAUCUGGCCUUGCAAAAUCUUGUCUUCAAAAUAUUAAAGAUUAUAUGGUUGAGAAGCUUGGAAUUGACUCAAGCAAAAUUGAUGACUUGUCAAACCUACUUUACAAGAACUAUGGAACAACUAUGUCUGGUUUAAGGGCAAUUGGUUAUGACUUUGACUAUGAUGAAUAUCAUAGCUUUGUUCAUGGAAGAUUACCUUAUGAGAACUUAAAACCAGACCCAAUUCUGAGGAAUCUAUUGUUGAGCCUUCCCUAUAGGAAACUUAUCUUCACAAAUGCAGACAAAGUUCAUGCUGUUAAGGCACUAAGUAGACUUGGAUUAGAAGAUUGUUUUGAAGGAAUUAUAUGUUUUGAAACACUUAAUCCAAUCCACGAAAGCAUUAUCUCAGAUGAUGAAGAUGACAUUGAGUUUGUAGGUUCAACAAGCACUAGUGAUAAUAGUGCAAGCAACAACAUUCAAAUCUUUGACAUCAUAGACCAUUUUGCUAAACCUAAUCCCAAUGUACUUGUCUUGCCAAAGACACCAAUUGUUUGCAAACCAUCCGAAGCCGCCAUCGAAUUCGCUCUCAAGAUCGCCAACCUUAACCCUCAAAGAACCUUGUUCUUUGAGGACAGUGUCCGUAACAUACAAGCUGGAAAACGUGUGGGUCUUGACACAGUGUUGGUUGGUACAUCACAAAGAGUUAAAGGUGCAGAUUAUGCAUUGGAAAGUAUUCACAAUCUAAAGGAAGCUGUGUCUGAAUUAUGGGAAAAUGACAUAAAAUCAGAAGUUGCAUACCCUGGAAAGUUAACAUCAGUCACUGCUUGA